CUACUGGGCAGGUCUGCCGCCCCGGAGAGCUCGCGGCGGGCGCUGCCGGCCCCAAGCGCUGCGGCCGGCCCCAAGCGCUCCUGCCGCCGCCACUCCCGGCCCUGAGGGCCAGCUAUGCCCCGGGCUCCGGCUGCGGCGCGCACCCAGGCCCGGCGAUGAGGAGUGGCGCCGAGCGCAGGGGCAGCAGCGCCGCGGCGCCCCUGGGCUCGCCGCCCCCCGGCCGUGCGCGCCCCGCCGGCUCCGAAGCACCCUCGGCCCUGCAGCCGCCGGCUGCCGGCCAGCCCCGGGCCCGGGACUCGGGCGAUGUCCGCGCGCAGCCGCGCCCCCUGUUUCCUUGGAGCAAGUGGAAGAAGAGGAUGGGCUCGUCCAUGUCGGCGGCCACCGCGCGGAGGCCGGUGUUUGACGACAAGGAGGACGUGAACUUUGACCACUUCCAGAUCCUUCGGGCCAUCGGGAAGGGCAGCUUUGGCAAGCCCUGUGCCCCCCAGGUGUGCAUUGUGCAGAAGCGGGACACGGAGAAGAUGUACGCCAUGAAGUACAUGAACAAGCAGCAGUGCAUCGAGCGCGACGAGGUCCGCAACGUCUUCCGGGAGCUGGAGAUCCUGCAGGAGAUCGAGCACGUCUUUCUGGUGAACCUCUGGUACUCCUUCCAGGACGAGGAGGACAUGUUCAUGGUAGUGGACCUGCUUCUGGGUGGGGACCUGCGCUACCACCUGCAGCAGAACGUGCAGUUCUCCGAGGACACAGUGAGGCUGUACAUCUGCGAGAUGGCGCUGGCCCUCGACUACCUGCGUGGCCAGCACAUCAUCCACAGAGAUGUCAAGCCUGACAACAUUCUCCUGGAUGAGAGAGGACAUGCACACCUGACCGACUUCAACAUUGCCACCAUCAUCAAGGACGGGGAGCGGGCGACGGCGUUAGCGGGCACCAAGCCAUACAUGGCUCCAGAGAUCUUCCACUCUUUUGUCAACGGCGGGACUGGCUACUCCUUCGAGGUGGACUGGUGGUCGGUGGGGGUGAUGGCCUAUGAACUGCUGCGAGGCUGGAGGCCCUACGACAUCCACUCCAGCAACGCCGUGGAGUCCCUGGUGCAGCUGUUCAGCACCGUGAGCGUCCAGUAUGUCCCCACGUGGUCCAAGGAGAUGGUGGCCUUGCUGCGGAAGCUCCUCACUGUGAACCCUGAGCACCGGUUCUCCAGCCUCCAGGACAUGCAGGCAGCCCCUGCGCUGGCCGGCGUGCUGUGGGGCCAUCUGAGCGAGAAGAGGGUGGAGCCAGGCUUCGUGCCCAAUAAAGGCCGUCUGCACUGCGACCCCACCUUUGAGUUGGAGGAGAUGAUCCUGGAGUCCAGGCCCCUGCACAAGAAGAAGAAACGCCUGGCCAAGAACAAGUCCCGGGACAACAGUAGGGACAGCUCCCAGUCCGAGAAUGACUAUCUUCAAGACUGCCUUGAUGCAAUCCAGCAAGACUUUGUGAUUUUUAACAGAGAAAAGUUGAAGAGGAGCCAGGACCUCCCGAGCGAGCCUCUCCCUGCCCCCAAGCCCAGGGAUGCUGCGGAGCCCGUGGAGGACGAGGAACGCUCCACCCUUCCCAUGUGCGGCCCCAUCUGCCCCUCGGCCGGGAGCGGCUAGGCCGGGACGCCCAUGAUCCUCACCCCUUGAGCUGCUUUGGAGACUCGGCUGCCAGAGGGAGGGCCAUGGGCUGAGGCCUGGCAUUCACGUUCCCAUCCAGCAGCCUGGCUGGCAGUGUCCACAGUGCCCGGACACAUUUCACACCUUGGGCUCGUGGUGGUGCAGGGGACAAGAGGCUGUGGGUGCAGCGGACGCCUGUGGAGGGCAGCAAGGAGGGCAUUGCCUGCGGGCCCCCGAGACCCGCCUGGAUGGAGGAAGCGCUGCUGGGCACUCUCUUACCGCUCAUGGGGGGCCGGGGCCGUGGAUGAGACAGGAGUCUUUGUCCCCAUUCAGCCCGAGGCUGUGCACAGCCCUCCUCACAAGGUGAGCCCUUGCAGAGCAGGCCACGGGUGUCCCAGGCUUGGCUCAGUUCUUGGAGGUCAGGGGCGCGGGUUGGGGGUAGUGGGUAGGGAGGUGAAUGUUUUCUAGAGAUUCACACUGCCCCAGCAAUUUCUGUACCGUUUUCACUUCUGAGAAUUACAACGUGAGAACCGCUCA